GCGGGAUUGGACGAGGAGAUUACAAAAAUAUGCUCAGUUGAUCAUAUCAUAUGGUUUAGAGUCUCUAGGAGUGAAAGCAGAGCAAUAUGGUAGUUUUCUCAUACCAGUGAUCAUGUCAAGAUUGCCAGCUGAAGUAAGGUUACAUGUUGCUAGAGUUUCUACCAAGGAUGUGUGGGAGAUAGAUGAGCUGUUGAAAGUGAUCCAGGCAGAAGUUGAGACUAGAGAAAUGAGGGACACCAUGAAGAUACAGGAAAAGAAAGGGACUGAAACAACUCCUACACCCAAGAGAAGAGUUUCCCCAGGAACUGCUAACUCACUACUUGCAAGGUCAGGUGAUGGAUCAGGAAUUCGUUGUGCGUUUUGUAAUGGUGAACAUUAUUCAUCUGCAUGUGAAGAAGUCAAGGAAAUUCAAAAAGGAAAGAACAUUUUGAGGAGGGAUAAACGUUGUUUUUUUGUGUUUGUCAGUCGGUCAUCGCGCAAACCAGUGUACCCGGAAGAAAAGGUGUAGGGUUUGUGACAGUACACUGAUCAUCAUCAGUCAGUUUGUGAAAUGAGUUCUAAUCAGUCAAAAUCUGAAACACCAGCUGCCCAACCAAUGCUAAAACUAAGGAAGAUAGAGAGCCUAGUGCAAGUAAGAAACCUCCUCGGAACAUCACACCAACAUCCACAGCAAGAAGCAAGGUGUAGGUACUUUUGCAAACAGCUACA